CAAAAUAGUAACCGUAAAGAAAUGAGUGGGAGAGAGGGAGUAUAUUUACUAUUUUACAUUCUCUUUAGUUUGUUUUCCUCAUUGUUUAAAACUGGGAAGCCCGACAUAAAAGAACACCAAAAUCUCAAUGCUUAGCUAUUGAAAACUUGAAUUUCCUUACAUAAAGUGAAAUGGCAGCAGGCAGUGGUCGACUAGUUGAGAAGAUAGCUAAAACAAUAAAGAACGUGGUUGAAAACAAAGGGUCAAGCUGGUGGUACACACCUCACAUGGCUGCAGCUUCUCGUGCAAUUGCGGAGCGUAUUCCCUUGGUUGAUAUUGUUGUUGAAGUUCGAGACGCAAGGAUUCCAUUUUCAUCAACUUUUGAAGAACUAGGAUUUUCAAACUCUUCUAAGCAUAUAAUAGUUCUGAACAAGACGGAUCUUGCAAAUCGGUCACAGACAAAGAGGUGGACAGGGUACCUAGAGAAUCAAAGCCACGUGUGUUGUGAGGUCAAUUCCCAUAAUAAGGACAGCAUCAAGGGGUUCCUGAACUUACUACAGUCUGAAGUUAGAGAACUGAAAAGGAAUGGCCAGUUUAGCCAUACCACAACAGUGAUGCUAGUUGGAAUUCCCAAUAGCGGCAAGUCCGCGCUGGCAAACUCAUUGCAUCAAAUCGGAAGGAUUAGUGCAGAAGAAAAAGGAAGGUUGAAGCAUGCAGCCGUGAGUCCAAAUCCAGGGGAAACUAAAGAGAUUAGCAGCUUAAAGAUUGCUAGCCAUCCUAACAUCUUUGUCUUAGACACUCCUGGCGUUUUACCUCCUGAUAUAGUUGAUGAUGACGUGUGCUCCAAAUUAGCUUUAACAGGAGCUAUAGCUGACUGUCUAGUUGGGGAGCUAAAACUUGCACAAUAUUUUUUAACCAUUCUCAGCACAAGCAAUGAGUACAAGAGGUGGGUAAAAUUGCCCAGCAUGAAGAAAAAAAUCUUACCAGGUGAUCAACAAAGAAAUUGUUCUGCUGUAUCUGAGACUAAAACAGGGCGUAAAAAGCAAGUACCAGAUCACACACAGGACUCUGUAGUAAAUGAUGUACGUCAAACACUUUUCGAGACGAUAUCAUCUUUUAGUGAAGAUCUGGAAGAUGAGGCGAAUUUCGUAAAACUAUAUGGGUUGCAGCUUACGGGACUGCAUAAAGCUCUUCAGGUGGUUCCAGGUAUAGGUGAAGACUCUGACUGUAUAGUUGGUAAAAAGCUGCUUAAUCUGUUUAGAACUGGAAGGCUUGGUCACUACACUCUAGACCAGCUUCCUUCUAAUGUUUAAUCACUCUCUCCAGUUUUGUCUGCACAGUGCACUGUGGCUAUCCAUUCAAAAAGUGCUCAAAAUGCUGCUGCUUUUUAAAAAAAAUGUAUAGAAAGAUCUGCAAAACAAUUAAAAAGUUUAUCUAAUU